AUGGCAGGAAAAGAACUGGAUGUUAAAAGGCAAAUCGCUAUCAUUUGUCCAUAUCGCGCUCAGCUGCGAUUUCUCCAAGGCCUUCUUCCUGAUGUCGAAGUGAUGACGGCCGAUGGUGCACAGGGCAAGGAAAAAGACUUUGUCAUAUUCUCCUGUGUCCGCAGCGGUGAUGAAAUUGGCUUCUUAAAUGAUCAACGAAGACUCAAUGUUGCCUUGACUCGUGCAAGGCAAUGCCUUUACAUUGUCGGCAAUCUGAGACAAAUAGCCCUAAAAGAUGAGUUCUGGAAGCGUUUAGUUGCUGAUGCUGAAGUUAGACAAAUUAUAUGUGAUGUCAAAGAUGAUCAACCCACAUUACCAUACUGCAAGUCGAAAACUGGUUGAAUAGCUUAUAUGUAUUUUUCCUAUUGCUUUGAUGUAGUCGAAAUAAAAGCAUUCUGACUAGUCCAGAAUUAAAAAGCACAGAUUUCUAUAACGAUUCUAUAAACUUAUCAUUCUGUCUUAUCAUUCCGCUUAUAUCGAUCGAGAAGGACCUCCUAUUAUGAAACGACGUCGUUGAACGUUUUGAAUCGAGGAUGUGUGUGUAGGCGUAGAACGAGAAUAGUUCAGUCACAAAACCAAGGAACUAGGGUGUGUGUGUGUGGGUGUGGAACUGUUUUUAUUCAUCAGUAGAAUCCGACACCCACGCCAAGCCCUACCCACAGCCACAUUCACACCCACACCCACAUCCACACCCACACCCACAUCCACAUCCACACCCACACCCACACCCACACCCACACCCACACCCACACCCACCCCCACCCCCACACCCACACCCUCCACCCCCC